GAGCUGCGAAGCGUCCUUUCCGCGGCCGAGGACGAUCGAUGGCUUUGGUGUGCGUUUGCAGUAAAGCUCCGGAUGGAAAGAGGUUUAUUGCGACGUCAAGUGCAACUAAAGUAACGAUUGUUGCGGAGGAGAAUGAUCGGGAGACCCAGGGACAGGACGUUGGUGUUGUGACACUGAAUGCUGCUCAGACUCCUGCUGUGGGUGGGGAGUCUGUGGUUGCCAUGACAGCCAGUCGUCAGGGGCAACUGCUGGCGGUGGUCACCAGCGAGAAACGACUGGUGGUGUGGGAGGAGAGUGGGGAGUGGAGGGUGAGGGGAGAGAGGAGUGUAGCUAAGAGGGUGACAUCGCUGCAAAUCUCUGAAGAUGAGCAGUAUCUUCUGACAGCUGACAAAACUGGAACCGUGACUAGGUAUCGUCUGUCAGACAUCAGUUGUGAUGGAGAGGAGAUGAUGGGUCAUCUGUCUAUGAUACUAGACAUGGUGAUGGUGUCACAUGACAGUCAUGUGAUCACGUGUGAUCGAGACGAGAAGAUACGUGUGAGUCGGUAUCCAAACUGCUACAACAUCGAGACCUACUGCCUGGGACACACUGAGUUUGUGAGCUGUCUCUGCUUGUGUGAAAAGUGGCCACACCUCCUUGUUUCAGCUUCAGGGGACGGAACAGUGAGGAGCUGGGAAUGGAGGAACGGGAGGUUACUGGACACCCACCACUUCUCUGAGGAUGGACAAGACCCAGUGACAGUGACUCAGGUGGUGUGUUCAAGGAACAUGGAGCAACCACUCAUUGUCGCUACAGUGGAGGGGUAGGUAAGGUAUAUACUUUACAGCCCACUAUUUGCUCUUUAUAUGUGUGGUGCUACCAGUG